GGUGGGAAACGCCCCAUGCCACAAGCAAUCUGGAAGCGGUCCAUGUUCAUCCAAACGCAGGACACACCGAACCCGGACAGUCUCAAAUUUCUGCCCGGCGUUUCCGUGCUAGAGAAAGGUCAAACGAUGGACUUCCCGUCCGUAUCGUCGGCCCAGUGCAGUCCGCUCGCGAAGCUACUGUUCCGCGUCGAGGGUGUACGGGCAGUAUUUUUCGGCAGCGAUUUUGUAACCAUCUCGAAGCAGGAAGAUGCCGAAUGGCGCAUCAUCAAGCCGGAAGUGUUUGCGGUAAUAAUGGACUUUUUCGCUUCCGGACUGCCGGUGGUAACGGACGCAAAACCGAACCCGGACACUCAGUUCAACGAGGACGACGAUGAAACGGUGCAGAUGAUUAAGGAACUGCUGGACACACGCAUCCGGCCGACCGUGCAGGAGGACGGGGGCGAUAUCAUCUUUAUGGGGUUUGAUGAUGGUAUCGUGAAGCUGAAGAUGCAAGGUUCCUGCUCGUCCUGCCCGAGCUCGAUCGUGACGCUGAAGAAUGGCGUACAGAACAUGCUACAGUUCUACAUCCCAGAGGUCGUAUCGGUCGAGCAAGUAACGGACGAGGUGGACAAGAUGGCGGAGCAGGAAUUUUCCCGGCUGGAGAAACAAAUCCGCCAGAAGGAUGAACCACCGGCGGAGAGCAAAACUUAA